AUGCAACCAAAUUGCAGUCAUCUCCACAAUAUCCAAGGGAGUGGUGAUGACCCUUCAUCUUCUCAGAGCACGCACGGAGCGAGGUUGUCAGGGGAGAGCUCGUGCCAUCGGAGCGGAGAUGUUCGCAUACAGCUGAACUCUGCUGAGGGAGAAGCCAGAGAAAAUGCAAGUUCCCGGCAUUCAAGGCCAGGCUCCCAAAGUCGCUCACAUGGACAUGCCCACAGCGAUGCAGGGAGGCUCGACGAUUCCACUCCAGACUCAGAGGAACACAGCAGCAGCUCCCUCUCAGAGCUCAGAUACCUCCUCCAGUGGCUGCACAAAAGUCUGCCGUAUAUCUUGAUUCUGUCUGUCAAAUUGAUCAUGCAGCAUAUAAUUGGCAUUUCUCUUGGAAUUGGGCUGCUAACAACUUACAUGUAUGCAAACAAAAGCAUAGUAAAUCAGAUUUUUCUAAGAGAACGGUGCUCCAAGUUGCAAUGUGCUUGGUUACUAAUAUACCUAACUGGAUCAUCUCUCCUCUUGUAUUAUACCUUUUAUUCUCAGUCACUGUAUUACAGCUUAAUCUUUUUAAAGCCUACUGUGGAUUUUAUGAACUUCUGGGAGGUACUUUGGAUUGUGGGAGUCACAGACUUUAUUCUGAAAUUCCUCUUCAUGGGCUUCAAGUGCUUUAUUCUCUUGGUGCCUUCUUUUAUGAUGUCCUUUAAAUCCAAGGGCUACUGGUACAUGCUCUUAGAAGAACUCUGCCAGUACUACCGUAUGUUUGUCCCCAUACCAGUUUGGUUCCGUUAUCUUAUUGGCUAUGGGGAGCUGGACAGUGUACUAGGAUGGACCCUUGGGAUAUUGCUGGGCCUUCUCUACCUCAUCCUAAAACUUUUGAGCUUUUUUGGACAAUUGAGAAAUUUCAGGCAGGUCUUACGGAUAUUUUGUACGCGACCACACUAUGGGGUGACAGCUAGCAAGAGACAGUGUUCUGAAUUGGACGAUAUUUGUUCAAUCUGUCAAGCUGAAUUUCAAAAGCCUAUUCUGCUUAUCUGUCAGCACACAUUUUGUGAAGAAUGCAUCUCUUUAUGGUUUAAUAGAGAAAAAACGUGUCCACUCUGCAGAACUGUUAUUUCAGACCAUGUUAACAAGUGGAAGGAUGGAGCUACAUCUAUGCAUCUACAGAUUUUCUAA